AUGACUAAAGCGACCACAAGAUCUGAGAAUGCUGCAAGCAAUCCCUCUCCGACGCCCAUCAACUUAACAGACCGCACUGCACCCCGCCGACAGCGCGCCAACUCUGUUCAAUCAUCCGACUCCGACCCAACCUCCUCCUCAGGCUCAUCUUCGGAAGACGACAGCGAAAGCGAAAGAGAGGAUGAACAACACUCUGACCGAGAAAUGAAUUGCAUAGGAGAGUCAUCGAACACCCACGCACAUGUUCCUGAUCCUUCCCCAUCAUUACCUCACAUCGCCGGCCGCCCGAAACCGCGCAUACAUCGCAUGAAAGGCGAUUCGGAUAUUUUGUCACGGCUUAACGCUUUCUUGCCAAAGAUGAAGGAUGCAAAUGAAGAUUUGCAGAAGCAGAUUGAAGCUGGGAAGGCCGGGGAUUUGAUUCUCGAUAAUGCAGAUGAGAAUGGAGAGCAGUAUAUUGAGAUGGACCUUGGUCUCGGAGUUUUGGAAGAGAAGCGCGAUGGUGAUCCUUCAAGUGAUGAGGAGAGUGAUGACGAAGGGCUUAAGGGUGCCACUAGGGAUGGAAAGAGCCCCCAGGAGAUGAAUGACUCGGACAUCAUUGGGAAGCUUAUGGGCGGUAAAAAUAAGAAGUCGAAUACGGAUAAGCCGUCCAUCGAGGAGAUGGCUCAGUAG